UUUAUAAAAUUAGAAAUCCAAUCGAAUGAAAAUGCAAGUACAGAAAAGAAGAGGUAGACAAACUUAUUUAGGCAACUUUUUAAGUGCCAGACAAUUGAAAAGAUAUGGAUACACAUUCAAGAUAUGGUUCAUUACUAUAGCUACUUGAACCCUGUCGAGAUAAAAAAAAAAUGUACUAUUUUUAAAAAUGGGUAUUUCCGUAAUGUUGAAAUACUCUAUUACGGACGGGAUUGGUGAUUUAAGGUCUUCAGAAACUGAUUAGAAUGAAGAUCCUCUUGAGAUUACUAGGUUUGAUCAUUAUCGUUGCUGAAGUAAAGAUUAUAAAUUGUUCCCCGAAAGUUUGUGGUGCAGGACAGGUCAUGAGACAGUCAUUUUCUGGGAAUUUUAUAUGUUGUAACACAGUUAUAUGCCAGCAAGCUCAGAAAUAUGAUUUUUGUGAUUACCACCAUGGUCACGAUACCUGUAGGAACUGUCCAGAAGACACAUACCAUUUAGACAUAAUCAAUACUGCUGAAAUGACCAAUAUCAUAGAUCCAUGUAUACCGAAACCUACAUGUGAGCAGCCUGAAGUUAUGUUAGAGAAAGAUGCAUGUGUCUGCGAUAGAAGGCUUGGUUACUAUGGAAGUGAUUAUAAUAACUGCUUACUAACAGAAGUUUCCUGUUCCAGUCCGGGAUUUGAACUUAAAAAUGACGGGCAAUGUGGACCAUGUGCUGAAGGCUUUUUCAAACCGGAAGCUAGCGACGAACACAUAUGUAGAAAGAAAACAGAGUGUUUUGAGUCUCAAGAAGUUGCUGAUAACGGGUCUACAACUGAAGACAUAUCUUGUAGGGCAAAGAAGAAGUUUUUUUUGCAAGAUGUCAAACCUCUAGAGCAGUCAACAGAAAAUGAAGACGCUAAUGACACUAAGAACACAGAAACUAUAUUCGUGUUAUCAAGUACGGUUACAGAAGUGAAAAUUUAUCGCUACAUUGAUGAUAUUGUAUCAGAAUUUGAAUUUGGAAAAGAAACUGCGAGUAACAUCAACAACAAAAUGACGAACGCAGUGUACUUUAUUUGGCCUUUUUUACUUUUUAUACGACCGCAAAAAUUAAAAUUUUUUUGGUCGUAUAUUGGUAUGACGUUGGCGUCGUCGUCGUCGUCGUCGUCGUCGUCGUCGUCGUCGUCGUCUGGCGUCGUCCGGCGUCGUCCGAAGACACAUUGGUUUUCGCACUCUAACUUUAGUUUAAGUGAAUGGAUCUCCAUGAAAUUUUACCAUAAGGUUCAAUACCACGACAGGAAGGUUGGGAUUGAUUUUGAGGGUUAUGGUACCAACAGUUAAGGAAUUAGGGGCCAAAAAGGGGCCAAAAAUAAGCAUUUUGUAACUUUCAGACCAUAACUUGUGUGUAAGUGUAUGGAUCUCUCUGACAUUGUACCACAAGGUUCCAUAUCACAAAGGGAAGGCUGUAAUUGAUUUUGGGGGUAAUUGCCUCAAAAUUUUAGGAAUUAGGGGCAAAAAAAGGGGCAAAAAACAAGCAUUUUUCUAGUUUCAUGACAAUAACUUGUGUGUAAGUGUUUGGAUAUUUCUGAAAUUGUACUACAAGGUUUCAUAUCACAAAGGAUAAGCUGGAAUUGAGUUCGGGGGUAAUUGCCUGAAACGUUUAGGAAUUGGGGGCCAAAAAGGGGCCAAAAAUAAGCAUUUUUCUAGUUUCAAGACAAUAACUUGUGUUCAAGUGUAUGGAUCUCUCUGAAAUUGUACUGCAAGGUACCAUACCACAAAGGGAAGGCUGGGAUUGAGUUUGGGGGUGAUGAAUCAUAAGGGGGUUCAAAAAAUUUUGGGGGGGGGGGGGGAUUUUUUUUUUUCUUUUUUUUUCUUUUUUUCCUUUUUUUUUCUUUUAAAAUUUUCCGUUUUAAGUUGGUUAUUUCUGAUUUAUAUUUAAAAGCAAAUAAUAAUGAUAUGGUAGGAGAUACACACCAAACAGGAUGUGUAAAUUUUUAUAUAAUAAGUAUUGUGCAAUAGCAAGAAAUUUUCAAUUGCACAGUAUUGCACAAUAGCAAGAAAUCUUCAAUUGCACAGUAUUGCGCAAUAGCAAGAAAUCUUCAAUUGCACAGUAUUGCGCAAUAGCAAGAAAUAUCCAAUAGCACAAUAUUGCGCAAUAGCAAGAAAUUGUCAAUUGUACAGUAUUGCGCAAUAGCAAGAAAUAUUCAAUUGCACAGUAUUGUGCAAAAGAAGAUACUUCUUAUAAAUUGCUUAUUUUUUUGAUCAAUUUCAAUGGGGUUUUAUUCUUGAAUUCUUGGGGUUCUUUAAUAUGCUGAAUAUAACCGUGUAUUAAGUUUUUGGAUUUUGGGCCCCGUUUUUAAAUUGGUCCACAUUGAGGUCCAAAGGGUCCAAAAUUUAACUUUGUUUUGAUUUCAUCAAAAAUUGAAUUAUUGGGGUUCUUUGAUAUGCCGAAUCUAACCGUGUAUUUAGAUUCUUAAUUUUUGGUUCCGUUUUCAAAUUGGUCUACAUUAAGGUCCAAAGGAUCCAAAAUUAAACUUAGUUUGAUUUUAACAAAAAUUGAAUUUUUAGUGUUCUUUGAUAUGCUGAAUCUAAACAUGUAUUUAGAUUUUUGAUUAUGGGCCCAGUUUUCAAGUUGGUCCAAAUCGGGGUCCAAAAUUAAACUUUGUUUGAUUUCAACAAAAAUUGAAUAUAUGGGGUUCUUUGAUAUGCUGAAUCUAACCAUGUAUUUAGAUUUUUGGGCCCCGUUAUCAACUUUGUCCACAUUGAGGUCAAAAGGGUCCAAAAUUAAACUCUGUUUGAUUUCAUCAAAAAUUGAAUUCUUGGGGUUCUUUGAUAUGCUGGAUCUAACCAUGUAUUUAGAUUUUGGAUAUUGGACCAUAAUAGGUGAAUGUCCAAUUUAAAAUUUUUAAGUUCUUAGACCACAUUCAUUCUGUGUCAGAAAGCUAUGCUGUGUCAAAUAUUUAAUCACAAUCCAAAUGUAGAGCUGUAUCAAGCUUGAAUGUUGUGUCCAUACUUGCCCCAACUGUUCAGGGUUUGACCUCUGCGGUCGUAUCAAGCUGCGCCCUGCGGAGCAUUUUAUUCUAGUUUCCAGACAAUAACUUGUGUUCAAGUGUAUGGAUCUCUGUGAAAUUGUACCACAAGUAUCCAUAUCACACAGGAAAUGCUGGGAUUGAUUUUGGGGGUAAUUGCCUCAAAAUAUUAGGAAUUAGGGGCCAAAAAAAGGGGCAAAAAACAAGCAUUUUUCCAGUUUCAUGACAAUAACUUGUGUGUAAGUGUAUGGAUCUUUCUGAAAUUGUACUACAAGGUUCCAUAUCACAAAGGGAAAGCUGGAAUUGAGUUUGGGUGUAAUUGCCCAAAACGUUUAGGAAUAAGGGGCUAAAAAGGGUCCAAAAAUAAGCAUUUUUCUAGUUUCCAGACAAUAACUUGUGUUCAAGUGUAUGGAUCUCUCUGAAAUUGUACUGCAAGGUACCAUACCACAAAGGGAAGGCUGGGAUUGAUUUUGGGGGUAAUUGCCUAAUCUAACCGUGUAUUUAGAUUCUUAAUUUUUGGUCCUGUUUUCAAAUUGGUCUACAUUAAGGUCCAAAGGGUCCAAAAUUAAACUUAGUUUGAUUUUAACAAAAAUUGAAUUCUUGGGGUUCUUUGAUAUGCUGAAUCUAAACAUGUACUUAGUUUUUUUUAUUAUGGGCCCAGUAUUCAAGUUGGUCCAAAUCGGGGUCCAAAAUUAAACUUUGUUUGAUUUCAACAAAAAUUGAAUAUAAGGGGUUCUUCGAUAUGCUGAAUCUAACCAUAUAUUUAGAUUUUUGAUAUUUGGGCCCGUUUAUCAAAUUGGUUCACAUUGAGAUUUAAAGGGUCCAAAAUUGAACUUUAUUUGAUUUCAUCAAAAAUUGAAUUCUUGGGGUUCUUUGAUAUGCUGAAUCUAACCAUGGAUUUAGAUUUUGGAUAUUGGAAUACCACAAAGGGAUGGUAAGAAUUGUCUUUGGGAGUUAUGGCUCAAACCGUUAAGGAAUAAGGUGCAAAAAAGGGGGGAAAAGGGUUUCCAGGUUAAUGGACAAUUACUUAAGUACAAAACAUAAUUUAAAAGGCAGUGUAAGGUUGGUAAUUGAAACUCAUUUGAAUAUCUCACCUAAACUGCUUUUAAAUUAUGUAUAUUGGAAAUUUGCCAAAAACUUUAUUAUUAAUAAAUUCCAUUGGAAAUUUGCCAAGUACUUUAGUUUAAUGAACUUCAUUGGAAAUUUGCCAAUAUGGAAUGUUGCUGAUGGAGCUUUUUUGUUUAUCUCACCUAAACUGCUUUUAAAUUAUGUAUGUUGGAAAUUUGCCAAAAACUUUAUUAUUAAUAAAUUCCAUUGGAAAUUUGCCAAUAACUUUAGUUUAAUGAACUUCAUUGGAAAUUUGCCAAAAACUUUAUUUUUAUACGACCGCAAAAAAAAUUUUGUGGUCGUAUAUUGGCAUGACGUUGGCGUCGUCGUCGUCGUCUGGCGUCGUCCGGCGUCGUCCGAAGACACAUUGGUUUUCGCACUCUAACUUUAGUUUAAGUGAAUGGAUCUCUAUGAAAUUUUACCACAAGGUUCAAUACCACAAAAGGAAGGUUGGGAUUGAUUUUGGAAGUUAUGGUACCAACAGUAAAGGAAUUAGGGGCCAAAAAGGGGCCAAAAAUAAGCAUUUUUGUAACUUCCAGACAUAACUUGUGUGUUAGUGUAUGGAUCUCUCUGACAUUGUACCACAAGGUUCCAUAUCACAAAAAGAAUGCUGGGUUUUGAUUUUGGGGGUAAUUGCCUCAAAAUUUUAGGAAUAAGGGGCAAAAAAAGGGGCAAAAAACAAGCAUUUUUCUAGUUUCAUGACAAUAACUUGUGUGUAAGUAUAUGGAUCUUUCUGAAAUUGUACUACAAGGUUCCAUAUCACAAAGGGAAAGCUGGAAUUGAGUUUGGGGGGUAAUUGCCGAAACGUUUAGGAAUUGGGGGCCAAAAAGGGGCCAAAAAUAAGCAUUUUUCUAGUUUCCAGACAAUAACUUGUGUGUUCAAGUGUAUGGAUCUCUCUGAAAUUGUACUGCAAGGUACCAUACCACAAAGGGAAGGCUGGGAUUGAUGAUGGGGGUAAUUGCCUCAAUAUUUUAGGAAUUAGGGGCAAAAAAGGGGCAAAAAACAAGCAUUUUUCUAGUUUCAGAACAAUAACUUGUGUGUAAGUGUAUGGAUCUUUCUGAAAUUGUACUACAAGGUUCCAUAUCACAAAGGGAAAGCUGGGUUUGAGUUUGGGGGUAAUUGCCCUAAACGUUUAGGAAUUUGGGGCCAAAAAACACAUUUUUCUAGUUUCCAGACAAUAACUUGUGUUCAAGUGUAUGGAUCUCUCUGAAAUUGUACUGCAAGGUACCAUUCCACAAAGGGAAGGCUGGGAUUGAGUUUGGGGUGAUGAAUCAUAAGGGGGUUCAAAAAAUUGGGGGGGGGGAUUUUUUUUUUUUUCCCUUUUUUUUUUCUUUUAAAAUUUUCCAUUUUAAGUUGGUUAUUUCUGAUUUAUAUUUAAAAGCAAAUAAUAAUGAUAUGGUAGGAGAUACACACCAAACAGGAUGUGUAAAUUAUUAUAUAAUAAGUAUUGUGCAAUAGCAAGAAAUUUUCAAUUGCACAGUAUUGCACAAUAGCAAGAAAUCUUCAAUUGCACAGUAUUGCGCAAUAGCAAAAAAUCUUCAAUUGCACAGUAUUGCGCAAUAGCAAGAAAUAUCCAAUAGCACAAUAUUGCGCAAAAGCAAGAAAUUGUCAAUUGUACAGUAUUGCGCAAUAGCAAGAAAUAUUUAAUUGCACAGUAUUGUGCAAAAGAAGAUACUUCGUAUAAAUUGCUUAUUUCUUGACCAAUUUCAAUGGGGUUUUAUUCUUGAAUUCUUGGGGUUCUUUAAUAUGCUGAAUCUAACCGUGUAUUUAGUUUUUGGAUUUUGGGCCCCGUUUUUAAAUUGGUCCACCUUGAGGUCCAAAGGGUCCAAAAUUAAACUUUGUUUGAUUUCAUCAAAAAUUGAAUUAUUUGGGUUCUUUGAUAUGCCGAAUCUAACCAUGUAUUUAGAUUCUUAAUUUUUGGUUCCGUUUUCAAAUUGGUCUACAUUAAGGUCCAAAGGGUCCAAAAUUAAAUUUUAGUUUGAUUUUAACAAAAAUUGAAUUCUUAGGGUUCUUUAAUAUGCUGAAUCUAAAAAUGUAUUUAGAUUUUUGAUUAUGGGCCCAGUUUUGAAGUUGGUCCAAAUCGGGGUCCAAAAUUAAACUUUGUUUGAUUUCAACAAAAAUUGAAUAUAUGGGGUUCUUUGAUAUGCUGAAUCUAACCAUGUAUUUAGUUUUUUGAUUUUUGGGCCCCGUUAUCAACUUUGUCCACAUUGAGGUCAAAAGGGUCCAAAAUUAAACUUUGUUUGAUUUCAUCAAAAAUUGAAUUCUUGGGGUUCUUUGAUAUGCUGAAUCUAACCAUGUAUUUAGAUUUUGGAUAUUGGACCAUAAUAGGUGAAUGUCCAAUUUAAAAUUUUUAAGUUCUUAGACCACAUUUAUUCUGUGUCAGAAACCUAUGCUGUGU